CACUCGAAGCAGGGAUCGCGGAAGGAUGCUCACUACUGUUCCAGAUUCAGCUCUCGCUCUAUCUCCAGUCGUUGCUCUAGCUUCAGGCGUCGCCGCUCGGUCAGCAGGCGGGAAUUCGACCUCAUUCACCGUCGAAACAGGCCCAUCCUUCAAGUCCACUACACACCUCAUGCAGCGCGUUCUCGCCCGCGCUUUCACCUCUCUGCGCUGGAGAUAUAUAUCUCCGAAUUGUCCCCCAAGGCUUAGCUCUGCACGGCCUGGGUAUGCGAGCAGCGUACAGAGGUACCAAUCACUCAAACGAAUGGAUGCGACGACCAUCAUCUACCAGCAGCAUCGACAGCGCCCUCGCGGCCGUUCCAACAUGCGCAUCUGUCCGUGCCGUUGGACCUACUCAGCACACAUACGUCAGCCCUCACUUGCGCGUGUGCCAUAGCGCAACGAUCUUUGGACGCCGUACGUGUACACUGUAUCUCAGAUCAGAAUGGAAACUGGGUCCUCGUUUUCAGC